GCGCCCCUAUCGUGGGGCGGGAGGGGGGCAUGCGGAGCGCAGGCUUCACUGCCCGCCCGCCCCCGGCGCCUUCACCCUGGAGGCCAUGGCUGCGUCACCCCAGCUCCCGACCAUGGGCCCGCCGGCCUUCCAGUUCCGCCCGCGGCACGACAGCCCCGACUGGCGGCGGUUGAGCGCGGUGGACACGGAGCGCGUGGCGGCGGAGCUGGACCUGGCGGCGCUGCAGGAGCACCUGGGCCACGUGACCUACUGCUCGGCCGAGCGCGAGCGCUGCCCGCACUGCGGGGCCCCGCUGGACCCGCUCCUGCUGCGCCUCCUGCGCCUGGCCCAGCUUGGCCUCGAGUACCUGCUCCACUCCCAGGACUGGCUGGCCGCCCAGCUGCGCCUCGCCCGCGCGCGCGCAGAGCGCCUCGACCAGGACUUGGCCCGCGCCGCCCAGCAGGCGCGCGCCCUCAAGGAGGAGGGGCGCCGCCGGAAGAAGGCCCUGGCCGCCCUCCAGCAGGCCCUCGCCCACGCCGCCGGCCCCGCCCACCCUCACCCCCACCAGUGCCAAUUUUGUGACAAAGCUUUUAUGAACUCUUCUUUCCUGCACAGUCAUUUGCAGCGUCGCCAUUCAGGAGAAUCACAGUUUGAUCAGAAGCAAAAAGGACAAACGGAUCGAUUACAGGAGGAGAUCAACAAGCUGAAGGAGCAGUUACAGCACACCAAGUCUCAAUUAGAAGCAGAGCAACAUGCUCACAUGGCCAAAUUGUCUAAGGAAUAUGAGGAACACAGAUCCAAGGAGGACGAGAUUCGGCAGUUAUUUCACAAAUGGAAAGAAGAAGAAAAAGAAAAAUUGGCCAGUGAACUAGAGAAGGUGAAAGAGAUGUUUAUGAAGGAGUUUAAAGAGUUGACAGCCAAGAAUACAGAAUUAGAAAAUCACCUGCUCGAAGUACAGAAGUCCAACAAACACCUGAAAUCCAAUUUAGGCACAUUAAAGGACAGCUUUGAAUUUACAGAAGAGAAACAUCAGAAUGCUGUAGAUCAUGAGAACAUAAUGCAGCUUCUUGAUAAACAGGAAACUAAGUGGACUUCUAAAGUACAGACUCUUCAGGAAGCACAUGAAGCUGAAAAACAACAGCUUACAUCACAAAUUGAGAAGCUCAAAACAUCCAUGACCGAGGAACUCAAUGCAAGCAAUGUCUUUUAUAAAAAAAGGAUCGAAGAAUUAGGACAGAGACUUCAAGAGCAGAACGAUCUAAUUAUUGCACAGAAAUAUCAGAUACAAAAACUGGCUACAAAAAAAUCAGUAGAAAACAUCAAGUUACCUGAUGUGAAACCUUCUGAACAGAAUAUUAUUCAGCCUAAACAGAGUUUGUCAUCCAUGCGUGAAAUGGAGAAAAGUUCGCCCAAAGUAGGAAAAAGUAAGUGCCAUAUAAUACAUAGUCUGAAGAGCAAUCCUUCUUUAACAAGAGAGCUGAGAGCUGUUUUGGAGCAGACGCUAGCAGAGAAAUUGGAAUCCUUGGGCAUCAAAUCAGGAGUUCAUGGCAUCCCAAGUGAUCACUUGAAUAGAGUCCUCAUGUCUGUUGAGUCUGCAAGAGAAGAAAGAAAGAAACAGGUUCCUGAUAUUCAACAUAUACGAGAGCAGCUUGAGCGGCAAGUCAGCUUUAGAGUUGCAGAAAGAGUAUCUUGCAGCAGGUUUUUGUCCAGUCCUCAGCUUUCUCCAGAAGUUCAGCAGAGGGCAGCUCAUGUUCGAGGUUCCGUUUCAACAACCCAGCCCAAGGCAGCAAAACGUUCCUCCAUUGCUAAACGCCCUUGUGUACCGCGACAAAUCCCUGCCGAGAACACAUCCACACCAAAGAACAAGAGGAGUGCAGUAGGGGAUGAAAUUCCCAAGAGGCUGCAGAGUGUUGCAACCCCUCCAUUUAGCUCUGAGGAGGAACUGGAAGAGAAUAAUAUCAUGCAGUCCUACAUCUCCCCCGAACUCUCACAGCGCAAAGCAGCCAAGAGUAACAGCAAGGGCAGCUUGCCAAGGUUUGCAGGCCGAGAUGACAUAAACUCAUCUGAAGAAGACGAGGUGGAAGAAAUCAAACCAGACCUUCAACCUUCAAAAAACACGCCUGUCCAGAAAGGGUGCGACAAAGCUGAAAAGCUGCCUUUGAGCCAAGGAAAAGUAUGCAAACCCCUUGAAGGAAUUAGUGUUGACCCAGUGCCUAUUCAAAAGGGUGCCCAAGGAGUAAAGUUCACCGGAGUUGACGAUGAUGACGAGGAUGAGGAUGACUGGGAUAUAUCAUCCUGGGAGGACGAAAAACUGUCACCACCAAAAGAUCGGAAAGUGAAAGAUGCGUCUAGCCUUGAAAAAAAUGAGUCCAAUGCUCCAUCCAAACCCCAUGCUUGGAGAGGUCCAGUGGGAAAACCAACAAAGGAUGAAGGUCUUCAAGAUGCAGAUCAAAGUAUGUUAAAAAGCAGCUUGGUCAGUGUAACAGACUGGAGCGACUCCUCUGAUUCUUGUCUCUGAAGGGAGGUUUUUAUCUACAGCAAUCCAAUUUCUGUUCAUUUUUUCUUCUGUAUAUUUAACAAGGAACUUUUGUUUACAAAAACUCUGGUGUCUCUGUUCCCUUUGAUUUAAUACAGGGUUGUUUACAUACUUCAGCAUCAUUCUGCACUUUUAAGGAAGAGGUUCUUAUUAAUAAACAGUAUUAACUAAUUUGGUUAUUUUAAGUAAUUGCAAGAAAUCUAUCUUUUUUUAAAAGAAUGUUUGUAUCAAACUUUGCAGAAAGCAAGAACUUAUUAAACAAAUGAUCUAUUUUCUUUCAAA